AUGGCAGGCAGAGAUAUUUUCCAUAAGAUGAAGGCCGGGUUCUGCGGAUCGGCUCCUGACAUGGGAAGAGGCAAAAGCAAGAUGUGGAAGAACAUCACGCACGGUUUCCACUUUGUCAAGGGCAAAUCAAGCCAUCCAAUGGAGGACUAUGUUGUUUCUGAAUUCAAGAAAGUUGAAGGGCAUGAAUUGGGUUUGUUUGCCAUCUUUGAUGGUCACUUGGGGCAUGACGUAGCCAAAUACUUGCAGACUAAUCUCUUUGACAACAUUUUAAAAGAAAAGGAUUUUUGGACUGACACGGAGAAUGCUAUAAGGAAUGCGUAUAGAUCAACAGAUGCAGUGAUAUUGCAGCAGUCCCUUAAGCUUGGUAAAGGUGGAUCAACGGCUGUAACGGGGAUUCUAAUCGAUGGUCAAAAGCUAGUGGUUGCUAAUGUUGGAGACUCGAGGGCAGUGAUGUCUAAGAAAGGCGUUGCGCAUCAGCUCUCAGUCGAUCAUGAGCCAAGCAAGGAGAGAAAAGAAAUAGAGAGCCGAGGUGGCUUUGUAUCAAAUAUUCCAGGGGAUGUUCCAAGAGUGGAUGGACAGUUAGCGGUUGCGAGAGCGUUUGGAGAUAAGAGCUUAAAGAUACAUCUGAGCUCCGAACCAGACAUAACAAAACAGGCAAUUGAUGAUCAGACUGAGUUCAUCAUUUUCGCCAGCGAUGGUAUUUGGAAGGUAAUGUCGAACCAAGAAGCGGUUGAUGCGAUUAAGAGUAUCAAAGAUCCACAGGCAGCUGCAAAGCACUUGAUAGAGGAAGCUAAAUCUAAGAAGAGCAAAGAUGACAUCUCAUGUAUCAUUGUAAAGUUCCACUAA